AUGUGGAAUGAGAUUUCAGGAAAAAUUCCCGUAGAACUCCAAGUCUUGAACUUGGGAAGAAGCCACUUCUCAGGUGCAAUUCCACCAUCCAUAGUCAACACUUUAGCUGGAUUGAAACCCAGUGACCUGCCGCGUCUUCGAAAUUUGAAGCACCUAGAUCUCAACAUUAACAGUCUCAUUGGCACCAUACCACCAUCCAUAUACAACUUGUCUUGA